GGGCGGGAGCUCGAAAGCCCUGCGGGAGGAUGCUGAAGGGCCCCUGGGCGCUGCCCGCCGCUCGCAGCGGGCUCCCUUCAAACCUUCCUCCCGCAGCCUAAUUUUAGGAGCCACCUGCUGACCAGUGCUUGAUUUCAGAGCUGAGUUAAUCUCUGACUUCGGAACGCGUCAGCCGAAAACAGCUUGUUUUACGUGGGUCGCGAUGGUUUCCCUCUCAAACGUACAUAUUAUUUGCUUUAAUUAUUCUGUACUAUGGUAUUUCUCCUAAUGAGAGAGGUGCUGGCGAAAACCUGGAAAACACGAUGGCAGCCUUUCACCAUGCGGUUAAUAUAGGAACAGACAUGUUGGAGCUGGAUUGUCACCUGACAAAAGAUGAGCAAGUGGUUGUGUCCCAUGAUGAGAACUUGAAGCGAUCAACAGGAGUUGAUGUCAACAUAUCCGACCUCAAAUACUCUGAACUGCCACCAUAUCUCUGCAAGCUGGAUGUCACCUUUCAGAAAGAAUGUCACUGUGAGGGAAAAGAUAACCGUAUUCCACUCCUGAAAGAGGUGUUUGAGGCAUUUCCACAAACUCCUGUGAACAUUGACAUCAAAGUGAACAACAAUGUGUUGAUCAAAAAGGUUUCUGAGCUGGUGAGUCAGUAUAAGCGAGAGCAUUUGACAGUAUGGGGGAAUGUCAAUUACGAGGUUGUAUCAAAGUGUCUUAAGGAGAACGCUGAUAUUCCCAUCAUCUUCUGUUUGCAACGUGUCCUCCUGCUUCUUGGCCUGUUCUACACUGGUCUGCUGCCAUUCAUUCCUUUCAAGGAAGAAUUCUUGGAAAUUCCCAUGCCUUCAAUCAUCCUCAAGCUGAAAGAACCACAGAAGGUGACAAGAAGCCAGAAAUUUAUUAUCUGGCUAGCUGACACACUGCUGAUGCGGAAAGCGCUUUUUGACCACCUCACUGCUCGAGGCAUUCAGGUGUACAUUUGGGUACUGAAUGAAGAACAAGAAUACAAGAGAGCAUUUGAUCUGGGAGCAACUGGAGUGAUGACAGACUAUCCAACAAAACUUAAGGAGUUUUUACAUAAUUAUCCAGCAUAAACAAAGAAAUCCAAGGAAGUUCUUGCAGAAUAGAUUGUGAGCCAAGGAUUUUCUCCAUUAAAAACAAAAAAAGAGCAGCAUACACAGAUCACUUUGAAAGAUGUAACUGGAUGAUCUGUUACCUUGUCGUCAGGUUGCUACCUAAUGUAAAGGUUGUCUGUUUAUUUUAAAACUUUAAUUACAUAGUUUACAUUUGUAAAUAGCUCAUUUAGCAACAGCACACUUCACAUAUAGUGAUGACUAGGAAGAAAGUUGCUGGAUUGGACACCAGUAGAAAAUAUGCAUUAUUUUACCUGUCACAAGUGUUCCUAAGCAGAUGUCAAGACAUCUCAGUUUUCCCAGUUAUAUUCUAGUGGGCAGAAACUAAGGAAUUUCUGAACGUACUCUCUGUGUAUGCAUUUCUUGUGUUGCUUUUAGUUUUCAGAUAACUUGUAGGGCCAAAAAGAAAAACAACGCACAGGAGAAGCAGAGAGCGGAAUCUGUGGCUAGCCAGAAGUGUAGUCCAUAAAGGUGGUCACGUUUUUACCAAAAUUAACUCAUUUGGUCAGUGUAGAUUUACUCUAUUAUUCUUACUGAUUAAGAAUGUUGAGCUUGAGUUGCAACUGUACAUAGACCCCUUUCUGCUGUGAUGGCAAUUCUGUGACUGACUGGUCAAGGUCCAAGUGUGGUAUUUAAGCCAGGUUCUGGGUUUGACAUUGAGUUCUACUGCAGGGGUCUAGGUUUGCCCAUGGUUUUGACCUGCCUGUCAGGCUUCUGUGGCAUGGCAGUACCUAGCUUUCCAGAAAGGAAGAUUGCACUUCCUGUAGAUUAUACUUACUUUGAAAUAGUCUUUUCACAGAGGAAACCAAUAUUCUAGGAGUCUUCUGCACAUUUAUAGUUCUAACAUCUGUUGUCUUGAUGAUGGGAAGUUGGUUUUAGGGUGAGGGACCAAAGAAGACUAAGUUUGGUCAGGAGUUUCAGGAACAAAUUUAAAUGUUCCUAUUAAAUGAAUUCACCCAAAGCAGAUUUAUAUGCAUACUUAUAAAAGGAGCAAGUGUCAAUCUAGAAUGUGUAGAUUUUAGUCUUUUCUCUCCACGAAAGAACAUUAAUUAAGUUCAUGUGCAUGGACGUGGAAGUAACUUUACUGGCAAAAGCCAGGAAACCCCAAGUGUGGUGGAAUGGGGUUAGAUAGGACGGUAUUUCUGGAAGCCUACAUGCUGUUCUGUCCCUGUGAACAGGUGUUAUAUGUGUGUCAAGCACAUUUGAGCUGGCAAUGCCUGUGUGUUUUGGUGUUGUCAUGUUAGUGGUAGGGGUUUUCAGAAGGAAUUUGAAUACUGUAGCUCAGUUACACAUGAUGGCAUGUAUAAAGCUCAGUCAUUUCAUCAUCAGAUACUGCUGGACAAAACUAUGGGUUAGUGAUAGUAUUUACUUCUUUGAGGAACAUCAUGUGAAAAUUAUUGAUCUUAAUAACACAUGCAGUAGCCAAAUGCAAGAGUGUGUUUCCUGGAGCGUAUACUCACUGUUAUAAAAACUUUUUAAGUAAGUAAUUUCUUAUCCCUUGCUAGCUCAGAUUUGGAAGGGUUCCUGUAUCACUGCAGUGGCUGCUGUGCCAUACUUGUAAUCAUGGAGCACCUUUGCUUGUCAGUAGGCUGGCCGUUAGAACAUGAAGUCUAUUUGGAUGGAUAAUAUUUGUUUCUCCAUUGCAAUUUCUUUCUGAGGAGUAUUUCUGUGUGGAUGAAGUGGAAGAAACUACUGCAUUUAUGAUUUAAGUGAACAUGUGAUGAUGGUAGCAAAUGAGUUAAUGGUGUCCUCCUAAAUAUCUGCCUGGUUAAGAGGGCUGUAGAUUCAACUUCCUCAUAAUUUAAUCAGGCUUGUUGCUCAUUGAAUGGAGGAGAGGAAAAUGUAACUUCCUAACUGUUCAUAGGAAAAAGGGUGAAAUUAUUUAUUAUGCGUUGAGCUUUUUGUUUCCGUUUCAGACCAGUUAUUUCUGGUCAGAUUGUUAACAAUCAGUCUAGUCAUCGUUCUGCCUGCUUUCUCAUAGUCACACACUAGUUAUAGAGUAGGCUCCGUAUGCAGCUCAGUAGGUAAAAAAAAGAAACCCAACUCUCCACCCUUUCUGUCUUAAUUUGGUUUGCUAGCCAGUGUGUAGCUCCAGUUAGUUCUUAUGCAGUGUGGUUUUCUUCAACUCAAUUUUAUUGCUGUUGAAUUUCCAAGACGCACACCUAUAUUAAGAUGCAAAUAUAAUUCUGGGUUUAGAGAAGACUAUGAAAUAGCAAUUACACACUAAAACUAUUUUAAGAUACUGGUCUUGAUUUCUGGACUUGAUCUCUCAAGGGGCAGGUGGUGAUUUAGUUUCUCUCUCAAGUUUCCCUCAUCACUGCAUAAAUAAACUGUUUUGCUUUAUUCAAUAUUGAAUGACAAAACACAGUUACUAAAAUGACUAACCUUUUUUUUUAAUUUCAUUUUAAUGUUUUUCCUCUUUCUCCCUAGCGGUGGUGGUGUAAACUUCUGCCUUCAAAAAUACUCAACACAUUUUCUACCACUGGUCUUCCCACAUCUGAUACAGCUUUUGACUGUGCUGUUUAUACAUGACCUCUCUGUGAUAAGCCUGCUAUUUAAUAUUUGAAAUUUGAAUGAGUCAAGUUAUAUGGGAGGGAAGGGGCUCAGUGCUGGAAAGCUCCUGAAUUUAUUCAGUCACCCAUUUGGGCUAUAGUACAAGAGCUAAAGUUUAAUCUCUUGAGACAGAUCAUGUUGCAUGGAUGAGGCCAUGAAUCCGAGCACCAACGCACAGGGCUUAGGCCACAAUAACUGUUUGUAACAAAAUAACAUGGAAUUGAGGUAACUGUAGAAUGUUUGUUCUGUCAAAUCAUCGUUUUGAAUAUUCCAGAACUUGCUGUGUGAUUUUUUUUUUUUUUUUUUUUUUAAACCACUUGUACAGAAAAGCGUUUGUUCAGAACUUGCACAGCUGUCGAGGAGGAUGUUCAGUUAAUCUCUCUCUCUCCAAGGAGAGAUUCUUUUCAGGUACUUUUAACUCUUAAGUAUUGCUUAACACUUACUGUGUUCUGAACCCUAUUGCAAAAUAUUUUAUGUAUGAAGGAUGAUGCAUGUAUUUCAUGCACUUUUAAUUUGCAGAAAGUCUUGUGGACCUCUAGCUCCAAAUCUAUGAAGUGAUUUUUCUUGUAAAGGAAGAUUGAUGCUUUUGAAUGUGACACAUUAAAACAUCUUUGCUCAUAAAAUAUCUAAAGCUGAA